AUGGCUAAUGCGUGUAGUGAUGCAUUCGAAACGAUCGUUACAGAACCUAUUCGACGAUUUAAAAAUGUGACAAAUGAUUCAGAGAGUUACACAAUGAUCUGGUUGAGAAAAAAUUUUGAUAUUAAGAAUGAUAAUUUUGAAAUACAAAGGAAGUUAAAACGAGUUAUUAGUUAUUUCAAAAUUUUUGAUGAUUUAGACGAAUGUAUCGAUUAUUUAAGUGAUUUAAUGGAUGAAAAAGUGAUAUUUAUAAUUGAAGACACAAUUGGAUGUAUGAUUAUUCCUUUUAUAAAUGACUUUCCUCAGUUGAAGUCUAUUUAUAUUUACAAAGUCGAUAAGACGAUCAAAGAAGAGUGGACAAAAGAAAAUAAAAAAAUCAAAGGAGUAUAUGAACAUUUCAAUGAUAUAAUCACAGCAGUCGUAAUAGAUCGACGAAGACAUGAACAAACUGAUUCUAAUGCAGCUGUAAUUAAUGUUUUUAGUACAAAAAAUACAUCAGAAGAAAGAGAUUCAAAAAAUGCUCUUUUCAUGUAUUUUCAAUUAUUGAUUGAUGUUUUACUUAGAUUAUCUAAGGACCAAAAUAGCAAAGCAAAACAAGAAUUAAUGGAUCAUUUUAAAAAAAUAUAUCAAAAUGAUAAACCUAUAGAAAGACUAAUCGAAGAAUUCGAGAAUAAUUAUCAAUCCGAUCAAGCAAUUUGGUGGUAUACUCGUCCAACUUUUGUUUAUGACACACUUAACAAAGCAUUGAGAGAGUCGAACUAUGAAGUUCUUCUAGCAUUUCGUUUCUUUAUCAAUGAUCUAUAUCAACAAGUAAAAUAUGAACAUGAAAAAUCGGUAAACAAUGACGAUGAUUCUAUUCUACAAGUAUAUCGUGGACAAAGUAUAUCUGUUGAUGAACUGCGUUAUAUAAAACAAAAUAUUGGACAAUUCAUAUCUAUGCAAAGUUUUUUAAGUACAAGUAUUGAUCGACAAACGGGUCUUUUCUUUGCACAAGCAAAUGCACAUCCUUCAAUUGAUUCCGAAGUUAUAUUAUUUCAAUUUAAUAUUAAUAAACAUAUGAGUAAUACAAAAGCAUAUGCUAACAUUAAAAAUCUUUCUUAUUUUCCUGAAGAAGAUGAAGUAUUAAUCAAUUUAGGAUCGAUUUUUAAAAUAGAUCAAAUAGAAUAUGAUGAAAAUGAACAAAUAUGGAUUGGUAUUCUUUCUCUUUGUAGUGAAAAUCAAUAUGAAUUAAAAGAAUUAAUGGAACAAAUGAAGGAUGAAAUUGAUGCAGGUAUUGGAUCACUUGGAUGGUUAUUAUACAAUCAAGGAGAAUAUGAAAAAGCCAUUGAUUAUUUUCAAGAGAUAUUAUUAGAAUCAUCAAUUGAUGAUUUUGAUAGAAGACAAUGCUAUCGAGGACUUGGUGCUAUUCAUAUAGCAUUACAGAAUUAUGAUGAAGCUUUAGAAAAUUUUCAAAAAGCAAUUGAAAUCUUAUCGGAAGAUAAUGAACCAGAAGAUAAUGCAUUAGAUUAUUCAAAAAUUGGAGAAGUUUAUUUUUUCAAAAAAGAUCUUCAUUUAGCAUUGUUAUAUGAACAAAAAGCACUCGAUAUUCUUCUACCUUUAAAUAAUUCCGAAAUAUCUGAUGUAUAUCGUACGAUGGCUAACAUAUAUUACGAACAAAAUAAAUUUAAUUUAGCUCUUGAAUUUAACGAAAAAGCACUUGCAGUUGAUCGACAGUAUCUUCCAAAUAAUCAUUAUAAUUUUGGAAUUACCUAUGAAACUAUGGGUUCGAAUUAUCAUAAUAUUAAAAACUACGAAAAAGCAGCAGAAUAUUUUCUCAAAGCUCGUGAUAUUUACUUACAAUCAUUACCACCAUAUCAUUCACGUAUUUUAGUUUUAGAAGAAAGUAUUCAUAAAGCGAGAACUAAACUUAAUCUUAGCUAA